ACUACCAGGUAUCCCUGCCUCGAAUGAGAAAAAAAACUAAACAAAAACCCGUUGCAGUUCUGUGCAGGCUGUCUGCAAAGAGAAGGGAAGCACGGGAUAGACGUUGAGACUGAAGCACCUCUCCCUCUAUGAUUGUGCCUCCAGGGCAGCACAGAGAGCUGAAGAAUAAUGAACAUACAUAGUUUCCCAAGGUAGGUUUACCUGCAGAGACUUGCCUUGGCUAUAAAAGUAACACGUAGAAACUUGCUGAAAUGUGUAAAGUGACAGUCUGAACAAACAGAUUUUGACGAGAGAAGAUAAAUAAGAAUGAGAAUCAAGCGAUUGCUACCACGCGUCCAUCUGACGUCAACUAGGCUAUGUGCUAAAACUCACAUCUCACUGUUGUCAAAAGUUGCGUCUUCCCACAAGCACUGGCAUCGGUCAAAUGAGUGAAGGGCAGACUGAGGCUGGUGAUGCAGAGUUUCUAGGACAACCCCUCCGAGAAGAGCGAAACAUGCAUUUCCCCUGAUCAGCUAAACUAAAGCGCCUCUAAUGACGAGACACUGAACGCAUUGUGUACCCAGUACAGUCAGCAGCAGCCGCGUUGAUCACAGAGAAGAGACACAGAGACUGCGAACGCUGAAUGGACAGAAGUGAGGGAGAGAAUCCGGCCGCAAUGCACCGAAGGGAAAUACAGUAAAUCAAAAAAAGCAAUCAACAUUAUCUUAAAAACUUGAGGCAACCAGGAAAAAAAAACGGACUUGAUCAUCACUCGUAGUAAAUCUCUCCCGGCGUACAGCAACUUAUCUGACUGUUUUUCAAUCGGCAAACAGCUGCUGGAUAAGCACAGUAACCCUGCCCAGUGUGAGAGGAGCCCCAGUCUACUCCGUCCCUCCUCCUCCACCAUGCAUAUGAACAGCAUGCUGAACCAGUGCAUUGAUAUUCCAGCGAUGUGUGAGACGGGAAUCGUCUCUUCGGAGCCGACAAGUCCCACUCAGUUCUACGGGGAAUCCUCCGACACCUAUUAUCAUGUGGACCGCUGGCAAAAACUCCGGACCGCCGUCAGGAAGCUGGAAUUCUGGGAGAACUUCAGCGCCGAGCUGAUAGGGAGCGGCUUCUUCUCCAAAGUGUACAAGGUGAUGCACAACACCACACGCAAAGUGAUGGUCGUGAAGAUCUACAAGAAGGACGUGGACCAGGACACCAUCGUCCGAGAGAUCAGCCUCCUGCAGAAGCUGUCUCACCCCAACAUAGUCAGAUAUCUGGGCAUCUGUGUGAAAGAAGACAAGCUGUAUCCAAUCCUUGAGUAUAUGAACGGAGGCUGUCUGGAGGAGCUCCUCGCCACUAAAGAGAUCUCUCUGUCCUGGAGAGAGAAGGUGGACCUGGCCUCUGACAUCACCAGAGGAAUGAUCUACCUGCACUCCAAGAACAUCUAUCACCGGGACCUCAACUCCAAGAACUGUCUGAUCCGUGUGACUCCGCGGGGGAGAGAGGCCCUGGUCACUGACUUCGGGCUGGCCCGGGAGGUGGUGGAGCUGCCGGUGAAGGACCCCGAGAGGAAGCUGUCCCUGGUGGGCUCCGCGUUCUGGAUGGCCCCUGAAAUGCUGCGGGGAGAGCCCUAUGACAGGAAGGUGGACGUGUUCUCAUUCGGGAUCGUCCUGUGUGAGAUACUGGGGAGGAUCACGGCUGAUCCCGAGGUGCUGCCCAGGACGCAGGACUAUGGGUUGAACGUGGCAGCUUUCCAGGAGAUGGUGAGCGAGUGUCCUCAGAGAGUGCUGGAGCUGGCCAACAGCUGCUGCAGGAUGGAAGCUUUUAAAAGGCCAUCUUUCACAGAGCUGUUGGAUGAGCUGGAGGAGGCUGUGGAAGGCCUGGAGCCCAGCAAAGCCAGCCAGGUAACCCAGGCAACCCAGGGGACCCAGGUAACCCAGGCGACAGGGUGAAGCUGACCCCGGCACUGCCUGAACAGUGCGACACAGUGAAAGACAAUAAACCACAGCCACAGUAUUAAAGGGGUCUCCUCCACCCAGGAACAGUUCAUAUAGAAGACGGCUUUAUAUUGAAAGUGAGUCUGCAGACCUGGACCGGGUUUACAGCUCCAGUGUAGCAACUUCUUACUGCUCUUCAUUUCCAUACGGUGCACUUUACUGCGGUUCUGCACAACGUUUAGCUGGGAGGCAACUGCCUUAACAAUACAACCCAACAGCAAAGUGAUCCGCUUCUCUCUCAGCCCGUGACACGCUCCAGAAUCUUCUGUUGCUGAUAGAAGCAGGCCAGCUUCCCAUUUGACCUUAUUUUGACAGAUAUUUCCAUAUUCCCAUAGAGUAUUUAGUAAGAAGUAAUUCAGGCAAUUAGCUGUGACGAGCUACAAUUACCAUCCCUAUCAUUUCUCAGCAGGGUGAGAAGUAUGUUGAUUCAUGCAGUUACAGUAUAUUGUAUAUUAUUUAUAACUGCAAUAGUUAACCUUAUAGUCAUCUCUAUGUUCAUGUUCCACUGUGUGACGCGAUUGUACAGAGCUGUAAAUAAUUGUGUUGUACAUACUUGGUAAAGCCUUUUGGAUUUCUGUUUGAUACUCGCUCUAGCCGUUAUUUAAACUGUGGUGUAGAUGCAGACACAUAUAGUGCCCUUUUAGAAGGUUUAGUUUUGCAUUUACAACCGUUUCAUGCAAAGCUGCAAAGUUAAUAGCGAGGGGCUUGCUGUCUGGUUUUGCAGCCCCUGAUCUGUGUUCUAUGUGUACAUGGGUUUGAUAUAAGCUUUAGCAUUAAUUUUUUCUUUUCUGUAACCUGAAUGGCAAUUGUUUUAAGACUUCUCCGAAAUGCUUGCUCAUAAAUAUUUUUUAUUGUUGUGUGUUUUUGAGUUUGAUUGUAGUUUUUGCAAAGAAGAUUAAAAAUGACUGACAGUUACCAUGAGCCCAGCCCAUGGAUUUCUGUGAUAUAUAUUUAUGUAUGUAUGUAUGUAUGUGAAUAACAGUAAAGUAAUGUGGUCUGCAAAUAAAUAUGUUUUGCACUUAACAA